AUGGAGAUAAAGAAAAAUGUCUGUCUGCAGAGCCUUGCAAGAAGAACACGGGCUCUGCAUGUUAGAAUCAGUGAGAAUAUAAAUCGAAUCAACGGCUUUAGUUUCUGCAGCGACUGCUCGAACCGUGGCCGAUAUUGCGCGGUUGCAGAAGGAAGUUUGAAGGAGAAGGAGAAGAUGAUGUCCAUUAGAGACUCACUCAAAGAUGUUCACAACAUUCUUAUCUUCUUGCAGGGGCUACAAUCAAGCCAAAACAAGCAAAGGGAGGAUGCAUUAUCCCAUUUGGAAGAAAGCAUAAAGACUGUGAUACAAAGAACAAAUGAAUACCCAAUAAAGGGAAGAAGGGAAAAUGUGGAGGUUCUUGAAGAGGUGAUGACCACUUUUGUUAAUUUCCAAAGGAAAAUUGAUGAGAUCAAAGGGAAGCACAAGAAUGGGUUGGGUGUUGUGGUUGGUGUUGCAAGAUUUGGGGUAGAGUUUGUUGUGGCAUUUGCAAGUAUAUAUGCAACUGUUAAACUGCGCAACGGCAGGCACAAGAAUAGUAGUAAUGGGUUGGAAAAAGAUGUGGUGGUUGCACCAAUCUUGCUUUCAAAUAUCCAUCUCGAUGUGUUAAGUGGGAGGGGCUAA